AUGCUUCCGUUUCUUCAGCCACCUAAUCCUCGUGAACAGAGCCAUGUCACUGCUUCCUGUCUACCGAACAUGAAGUCACUCGCUGCCAAAGCCCUCCAUCCGCGGCGCCAUUCGCUGCAUGAGAACACCCAAGCUCAGUAUAAACUAGCUAAUAUUCGCAGCGAGCUGCAUUUUUCAUGGGAUAAAACAAAUCCAAACAUUGUCAUUGCCGCAGACAGUGCUGAUUUUGACCCUUUGAUAUUUGAGGAAUUCAAGGAAGAAGGGUUUGAUAUUGCACUUCUUCCACAUACAGACAGCCCCAAGAGAUUUGACUCCCAGUUACAGGGCUUGCAGGAUUCAAUGGAGUUUGGAAACAAGUAUGCCAUAGUGGCAUACGGUGAAGCUGCAGCUCUGGUUCUAGAGGCCUGUGUAAAACCUAUGCCUAGGCUAUGUGCAGUUGUGGCAUACUAUCCAACCCGUCUACCCAACUUUGAAGCCAGGAGCAUCUCGUCUCUCAGCCUGAAGAUUCACCUGGCUGGGUCACAGUCGCUGAUACCUAUUGGCAAAGGAAGAUGCUACGCAUACGCCCAUUCUGAAGUUGGAUUUGCCCAGCAUGAUUCGCCACAAUAUGACCCUGUUACCGCGCGGCUGGCAUGGACGCGGACUGUAGCCUGUCUCAGAGAAGGGUUUGAGAUGAAGGCGGAUUUGGAACCUGUAUGGGAGAGACAUCUUCUAAUGAAGUAUGCUUCCAAGGACCUUGAAGGUACCUUGGAUUCGUAUGCUGACGGAGCACGUAUAAACUACGUGCCUACCAACACAGGAGGUAUCGGCCAUGAUGAGCUCCGUCACUUUUACGAAAAGGAAUUCAUUCCUCGAAAUCCACCGUCAUUGCAGAUCAGGCUUAUCUCUCGAACCAAGGGGGGUGACCAUGUCGUUGAUGAAAUGUAUCUAUCCUUCCAACAUACGCAGGAAGUCCCCUGGAUUCUCCCAGGGAUACCACCAACCAACCAGACUGUGGAAAUAGCCAUUGUCAGCGUGGUAAGUUUCCGAGGAGAGAAGAUUUGCCAUGAAAACAUAUACUGGGAUCAGGCAAGCGUUUUGGUUCAGGUUGGGUUGUUAGAUGAGGCCCAUAUACCACCAACAUUUAACCCCGUUACGAAUGGUAUAAAUGGCCUCCAUGGAGUCAGAAAUCUACCAGUGAGUGAUGUCAACAGUGCGAGGAGAAUUUUGCAGGAGUAA